AUGACUUAUAACGCCGAUUGGUACACUGGCAUUACUAAAUGUCCUCAGGCAACUUUCCGAAUAAAAAAUGCAACAAUAACAGCAUCCUAUAAUUUUGCUGAAUCGGAAGUAGGAAACAUUGGUUCACUAGAAACAUGUCCAUAUACGGGACGUCCCUAUAUCUAUUCGGCAUGCUAUUCAAAUAGUUCAUGGGGCGGCGAAUUUUAUAUUAGUAAUUGCACAAACGACAAUGAAAUAAUCAUUAAUAAAAAACUGACAACAACGAACAUAUUAGGAUUAGGUGAUCAUCAAAUACAGAAUAAUCCAUAUUUGUUUAUGACCAUCGAACAAGUGGCAAACAUUCCUGAUUUUCAACCACAAAAUAUUUCAGAUAUUUUAACGUAUUUGAAUCACACAUCCAUUUCAUCCUAUGAUAAUUCAUCGAACAUAGCUUAUGUUACCGAUUUAAUUGAACGUGUGACAAAUCUGUCCAGUUAUUCAAAUGUUACAAACAAGACACAAUAUGAUUUUUAUUCAGUUGCUGAUAAACUUUUAUCUAGUCCACUAUUACAAUUACAACAAGCGCAGGAAAUGAAUGGCAGCAUGGCGAAACUCUUGACAGCAGUCGAAUCAUUUUCUAAAAAUCUUAAAAUAUCUACAACAUCUAUUCUCAAUAAUUUUGCUGUGAGUGUAAUUAAUAUUGAUCAAAAUAUUUCAAAUCCUAUUAUGGGUUUUGCUCUUGAUGAAUUAUCAAAAAAAGUUGAUUAUGUUAAAGUACAUUUUAAUUUAAAAAAUUUAUCGAAAUCAACUUUUGUCACAUUGAAUCGAAAUAUAAUUAAAAGUUUACAAAAUUCUGUUGCAACAACAUUGCAACCAGUUCAAAUAGCAUUUACUAUUUAUGAUAAUCAUAAAGCAUUUAAUUUACCAAAUAGUAAUAACAAAAGUGAAAUCAUAAGUAGUAUCGUAUCUGCUAUUGUCGAUGAGAAAGUAUACAAUGAAAAAUCAAAUGAUAUUGUUCAAAUUCACUUUUACUUAUCACAAAAAUAUCCUCGUAAUGUGCAAUGUGUCUAUUUGAAUAUAUUAUCAAAAUCAGUCGCUGAAUGGUCAACCGAUGGAUGUCGUUUAAUUAAUAAAACAAAUGAUAGUGUUCUAUGUAGUUGUGAUCAUCUAACAAAUUUUGCCAUAUUAGCUGAUAUUCAACAAACAGCUAAUAUUGAAUCACUCGAUCUUACAUUAUCAAUAAUAACAUUAGUUGGUCUUGCUUUAUCAUCAUUUGGCCUACUCAUAACUAUUAUUACUUUUAUUUUAUUCAAAAAACUUCGUCAGCAUUAUAGUCAAAAAUCAUUGCUGUGUUUAUCAAUUAAUUUACUUCUAUCAAAUCUUUUAUUUUGUAUUAUUGCUAUAAAAACGAGAAAUGAAUUAACAAAAGUUCCGUGUAUAAUUAUAGCCAGUUUAUUACAUUAUUUUAUUUUAUCAUCGUUCAGUUGGAUGUUUGUCAUGGCCAUCAUUCAAUAUUUAAUGUUUGUUAAAGUAUUUCCAUCUUAUACACCAAAUUUUACCAGGAAAGCAGCAGCAUUUGCUCAAAUUAUCUCACUUGUACCUGUUGUCAUUGUUCUUGCCGUUGAUCAUCGAAAUUAUACAAGUCGAAAAGAUAAUAUCUGUUGGCUAAAUCAAGUACCACUCUACUUAACAUUUAUUUUACCCAUAUUGAUUUAUAUUGUUUUGAAUGGGAUCAUGUUUUGUUUUGUUGCAUAUGCUCUUUUAUGUGGUAAAGCUUCAAAACAAUUAAGAAGUACUCAAGUUGUUGAAACACGUCGAAUAUCACGAUUUACGGUUGCUUUCAGUUGCUUCAUUGUAUUAGGUCUUACAUGGAUAUUUGGUUUUUUAACUGUUGGCCCUGUUCGACAUAUAUUUCAAAUUUUAUUCUGUAUAUUUGGAUCAUUAACUGGUUUUUUCAUAUUUCUAUUAUACAUAUUAACAUCUCGUGCUAAACGAACAUGUUGGGGAGAUGCUUUUCAGAAAAAAAUCUCAACUAUUUAUUCGUCAUCAUCGUCAUCGACCAUCCCAUUUCCAGGAAGAGAUUUUUCAUCUUCGUCAAACAACAAUAAAAAACCUUCCACUACAUCGAUGCAUACAAAAUCAGGUUUCAGUAUUUAUAAUACGAUAUUAAAACAGCAGCAAAAAUUACCAACACCAUCAUUUAUUGAUGCUUAUAUGGAUGAUAAACUUCUUUCUCCAUUGUCAACUCCGACACAUUUAUUAUCACCAAGAGUAAGUAUAAAUCCAACAACCUAUUUGCUUGAAGAUGCAAUUAUUCCACAAACGCCCGUACUCCAUCAUCUAGCAUUAUCACCGUUUAAUCAACAAUCAGAACAUUAUCCAACGACAAUAGGUCAACAUGCAUGGUCACCAGAAACAAAUUAUAUAUAUGAGACAGAUUAUCCACAAAAUUAUUCAGUUUAUCCAGCACAUCAAUUAUUGCAAAAUCAUGAUUCAACAAAACUAUAA